CUCCGGCCCUCGGCGGCGGCGGCGGCGGCCGUGAGCUCGGGGCGAGCGUCCGUGUCGGGGACGCGCGAUGGAGCACCACGGAUUUCAGUUUUUCUGACCGGUAAAUGAAAGGAUGCUUGCUCACAAACAGAAAAAGACAAAGAAGAAACGCGUUUGGGCAUCAGACCAACUGUCUACUGAUGUUACAACUUCUGAAAUGGGGCUCAAGUCCAUAAGUUCCAACUCCAUAUUUGAUCCAGAUUACAUCAGGGAGUUGGUGAAUGAUAUCAGGAAGUUCUCCCAUAUGUUACUAUAUUUGAAAGAAGCUAUUCUUUCAGACUGUUUCAAAGAAGUCAUUCAUAUACGUCUGGAUGAGCUUCUCCGUGUUUUAAAGUCUAUAAUGAAUAAACAUCAGAACCUCAAUUCAGUUGAUCUUCAAAAUGCUGCAGAGAUGCUUACUGCGAAAGUGAAAGCUGUGAAUUUCACAGACGUUAAUGAAGAAAACAAAAACGAUCUCUUUCGAGAAGUGUUUUCAUCCAUUGAAACUUUGGCGUUUACCUUUGGGAAUAUCUUUACAAACUUCCUUAUGGGAGAUGUAAGCAACAAUUCAUUCUUGAGACUGCCUGUAUCUCGGGAAAGCAAGAUUUGUUUUCUUCCAUGCUGUAAGUCCUUUGAAAACGUCUCUGUGGAAUCGGUGGACUCACCCAGUGAAAAAGGAAGUUUUUCUCCUCUAGAACUAGACAAUAUGCUAUUAAAGAACACUGACUCUAUAGAAUUGGCUUUGUCGUAUGCUAAAACAUGGUCAAAAUACAUCAAGAACUUAGUUUCAUGGGUUGAAAAAAAGCUUAACUUGGAAUUGGAAUCAACUAGAAAUAUUGUAAAGUUGGCAGAGGCAACCAGAACUAACAUUGGACUACAGGAGUUCAUGCCCCUGCAGUCUCUGUUCACCAAUGCUCUUCUUAAUGACAUAGAGAGCAGUCACCUUUUACAACAAACAAUUGCAGCUCUCCAAGCCAACAAAUUUGUGCAGCCUCUUCUUGGAAGGAAAAAUGAAAUGGAAAAACAAAGAAAAGAAAUAAAAGAACUUUGGAAACAGGAACAAAACAAAAUGUUUGAAACAGAGACUGCUCUUAAAAAGGCAAAAUUGUUAUGCAUGCAACGCCAAGAUGAGUAUGAAAAAGCAAAGUCUUCCAUGUUUCGUGCAGAAGAGGAGCAUCUGUGUUCAAGUGGCGGAUUAGUGAAAAACCUCAACAAACAACUGGAAAAGAAGCGAAGAUUGGAGGAGGAGGCUCUUCAGAAAGUAGAAGAAGCAAAUGAACUCUACAAAGUUUGUGUGACAAAUGUUGAAGAAAGACGAAAUGACCUGGAAAAUACCAAAAGAGAGAUUUUAGCACAACUUCGGACCCUUGUUUUCCAGUGUGAUCUGACCCUCAAAGCUGUAACCGUUAACCUCUUCCAGAUGCAGCACCUGCAGGCUGCCUCCCUAGCCAGCAGUUUACAGUCUCUUUGUGAUAGUGCCAAACUCUACGAUCCAGGCCAAGAGUACAGUGAAUUUGUCAAGGCCACAAAUGCAGCCGAAGAAGAAAAAGUUGAUGGGAAUGGGAGCAAGCAGUUGACAAACAGUCCCCAGACUUCUAGAUACCGACCUGCCGGCUCUCUGGAGGACGCUGUGCGCCUUCCUGAUAAUCCUGGUAAAAUGGAAGAAGACAGAUGCUCCAACAGUGCAGACAUCACAGGGCCUUCUUUUAUAAGGUCAUGGACGUUUGGGAUGUUCAGUGACUCUGAAAGUACUGGGGGGAGCAGCGAAUCUAGAUCUCUGGAUUCAGAAUCUGUAAGUCCAGGAGACUUUCAUCGAAAACUUCCACGAACCCCAUCCAGUGGAACCAUGUCUUCUGCAGACGACCUGGAUGAGAGAGAGCCACCCUCGCCUUCAGAAGCGGGACCCAAUUCCCUUGGGGUGUUUAAGAAAACAUUGAUGUCAAAGGCAGCUCUCACUCACAAGUUCCGCAAAUUGAGAUCCCCCACGAAAUGCAGGGAUUGUGAAGGCAUCGUGGUGUUCCAGGGUGUUGAAUGUGAAGAGUGUCUCCUUGUUUGUCACCGAAAGUGUUUGGAAAAUUUAGUCAUCAUUUGCGGUCAUCAAAAACUUCUGGGAAAAAUACACUUAUUUGGAGCAGAGUUCUCACAAGUUGCAAAAAAGGAGCUAGAUGGCAUCCCUUUCAUACUCAAAAUAUGUGCCACAGAGAUUGAAAAUAGAGCCCUGUCCCUACAGGGAAUCUAUCGUGUAUGUGGAAACAAAAUAAAAACUGAAAAACUGUGUCAGGCUUUGGAAAAUGGAAUGCACUUGGUAGAUAUCGCAGAGUUUAGUACACAUGACAUCUGUGAUGUCUUGAAGUUAUACCUUCGACAGCUCCCAGAACCAUUUAUUUUAUUCCGAUUGUACAAGGAAUUCAUAGACCUCGCAAAAGAGAUCCAACACGUAAAUGAAGAACAAGAAACAAAAAAGGAUAGCUUUGAGGACAAAAAAUGGCCAAAUAUGUGUAUAGAAAUAAACCGAAUUCUCUUAAAGAGCAAGGACCUGCUAAGACAGUUGCCAGCAUCAAAUUUUAACAGUCUUCAUUUCCUCAUAGCACACCUUAGGCGGGUAGUAGAUCAUGCAGAAGAAAACAAGAUGAAUGCCAAAAACUUGGGGGUCAUAUUUGGACCAAGCCUCAUUAGGCCAAGGCCGACAACUGCUCCCAUCACCAUCUCCUCCCUGGCUGAAUAUUCAAAUCAGGCGCGGCUGGUGGAGUUCCUCAUCACAUACUCACAGAAGAUCUUUGAUGGGUCACUGCAGCCACAAGAUGCUAUUACGUGCAAUACAGGUGUCACCGGACCCCAGGGUGAUCCAGGCUGUGUGCCCAAGCCUCUGUUAUCACCAGAAGAAAGAGAUCCAGAACCUUCCAUGAAGACACUGUUUUUUUCUUCAAAGGAUGAUAUCCAUACUGCAGAGAGUGAAAGCAAAAUUUUUGAACCAGCUACAUCAUCUGAGGAAUCAGAACGCAGACAAAAUGCAUUAGAAAAAUAUGAUGGAUGUCUCAUUGACAACAAGGUGCAUUUGCUUCUAGACCAGGACUAUGAAUCUGCAUCCCAAAAGAUGGAAGAUAUGUGUAGAAUCCCUAAGCCACUGAUUGUGAAAAUGGAUAGGGCAAUGAACAGUACGGAGAGGUGCGUGCCACGGACCAAGAUGAGGCCCGUGAGUUUGCCUGUGGAUAGACUGCUUCUUGCAAGCCCUCCUAAUGAAAGAAUUGGCAGAAAUAUGGGACACGUAAGUUCUGACAAGUUUUGCAAGAAUCCUGCUUUUGAAGGACUUAAUAGAAAAGACAGUCCUAUCAUCUGUGCCAAAUUUAACGGCUUUGACCAACAAAGUCUACAAAAACCUCGGGACAAGCAAUAUGAACCAAGCAACUUUACCACCAAAACUGCCGUGAUUGUGCCCUGUGAGCCCCAGGGAAAAGGAGCGAUGGCCAGCCUCAGGAUAGGUGGGGACCGUUCCGUCGGUGUCACCCAGCCUGGAGCCCCACACACAGAGCCCAUGAGGUCAGCAAGAGAGGCGGCAGAGAGACGGUCCUCUGAUUCCUGCCCUCUUGCUCCGGUCAGAGCACCCAGAACACUGCAGCCCCAACACUGGACAACAUUCUAUAAACCGCGCACUCCCGCCAGCAGUGGCCGGGGGAGCGACGAGACACCGUCCUCGCCCGCGGCUCCAGUCCCUCCCGGCACAGCUCACACUCCCCAGAGCGACGUGGAGAAAUGCACCCCAGACUCCGACGGGGCGUCCGCGUGUCCCGGGCAGCCGACUCGUCAGCCUAAAGACAGCUCUGAGGAGCAGGCCUUGCCUGAGGUGACUGCAGUGUGCCAGAGACCACGGCUAAAACGGAUGCAGCAGUUUGAAGACCUGGAAGAUGAAAUCCCACAGUUUGUAUAGGGUUGUCAGAAUUCAGGUUUUCUUUGCUUUGUUUUGUGUUGUGGUAUUGUGUUUGUUUUGUGUAACAGUUUGACGGGCCCCUUUUGUAUAGGAUUGCCAAAUUGUGGGUUUUACUUUCUGUUGUGUUGUAUUAUCCUUGUUGGUUGUACUGAGUAGUAGAAUGUUUGAAUGGGGUCAUAUUUGUGACUCACUGGAAUUGUCUUUAAAUUCUGUAUUAUUGAGAUUGUGAAUAAAAUAGGUGGAUUCAUAUUUUUUAAAGUUCAGUUGAUUUUCCCCAUAAAAUGGUCCACUUAAAUGCAUCCCUAAUAUAUGAUAUGAUACAAUUCUCAAGUAAUAGGUGCAAUUGGGGAAAAUCAGCUUUAUUUUUCCAAGUGAAAAUAAGUACUUAUUUAUAAAGUGUUUUGAAUGCAGGUGCCUGAGAGAUCUUUGGUAUGAAUAUGUAUUUUUCCACACAGUUUUAUAGUGCCUUUCUGACCAUUUGUGCUUUUAUGGUAUGUAUGUAAACUUGUAUUUUUCAGUUGUCAGUUCACUUAACUUUUCAGUAUUUACAUAAUGGCCAAAGGACUUACAAAUCUGUAUUUAAUUGCGUCUUUAAUUAAUCGCCAGUUUGUACGUAUGGUAGUCAAAUUGUACAAAGAAAAUGCACUCAAAGCUCCUGUUUCUAAAUUUUAUAUAUAAUAUUUCAGCCACGUCUCAUUUGGCUUUAGAUGGUUUUAAUACAUUGCAUAGUUUUCCGCCCCUUGGCUUUGCUCCAUGUGAACUUUUGUUUGUCAGUGGUUUUUGACUUUUUGGCCUUUUAUAUCAUGUUCCCAAGCCUGUUUCAGAAGUGUUUAAUGGGUUUUGUUGAAACCAUUCCUUUUGUACAAAAUGUUUCAACUUAUGGAUCAUUUUGUCUUCUACCUGAACUGUAAAUCAUUGAAAAUGUACGUUUCACCCAAAAGGAGCCAAGUUGUGUUUAAACUGAUUCUGAGAGUACAGUCCAGUAAGCUUCUUUGGCAUUUGAGAGAAGGUAUAUAUGAUUGGAUCUAUUUCAUUUGUAAAAUUCCCAGUUUUUAGAACUAGCCCUGUUUUCUGGGUUCACUGUUUUGUCUAAAUAGGAUAUAAAAGGGACAAAAAAAAAGCCUCUUUUUGUAUGUGUGAAUUACAUUUCUAGUAAUGCUUUUGUAUGACCAUGUUAUACAUGAUAAAUAUAUAUAUAU